CAUGUCAGAGCAUAUCAAACAGUUGUGAUGGGCAUUUUGUUAAGCCUCCUCUUCUCUCACUGACUACGCUUCGUUAGCGCGUCGUUUAUCGUCACUCAGCGAUGCAUCAGACCCAUUCUCGUCCUAUCGGACCACGCACCCUUCCGCGUUCACAAUCGCCACUACCCCCACUCGUCCUACCAGAGACCCGCCCAUUAGCAAUUCGCAAAAUAUCCCAAGAUCAGUCAGCUUUACACCCUUCAUCUGCUGCAUCAUCUCCUCCCCCAGUGGGCUCUUCUCCAGGCCCAUCGCGUCCUCAGCUUCCUGGAGCAGGCCCAAGGGUCAAUCAAAGACCCAAGCUUCGUCUGCCAAUCGCACCUGAUGGUGGUAAUGCAGGUUACUAUGAAGGUCCUGCAAUCAUUCCACCUGGAUUGGACGGUGAGAACCCAGGCGGCGCAACCGUUCGGCCUUUCUUGACUUUGCAAACUCCACGUCCUCCCGAACCCAAUGAUGGGAGCGAUAACAGCAUUGCUCAGUUAAUUGCUGAAUUUGACAGGAGUACCAUCGAGUCCUAUACGCCUACGGAAGAGACUUCGACCAAUUAUAGCUCUAGUAAAUGGUCGGACGGUGUUUUAGAAGUCCUUUCCCGACUUGGCGAAGGUCAGGGUGGAGCUGUUCAUAAAGUCAGAGACCGACGUAACAACUUCAUCUUGGCCCGCAAAACAAUCACCACUCGCGAGGCGCCUUUAAAACAGCUCGAACGCGAGUUGUCAAUCUCUGCGACGUCUAAACACCACAAUAUAAUCCGUUUCUAUGGCGCCUAUAUGUCACCAUCGUCUAGUGAGGUCAAAGUCAUGAUGGAGUAUUGCGCUGGUCGUAGCUUGGAAGCCGUUGGAAAACGAAUCAAAGAGAAGAAUGCGCGUAUCAGCGAAAAAGUAGCUGGACGUAUAGCCGAAGGGGUUUUGCAAGGCCUGAGCUAUCUUCAUUCGCUCAAAACUAUCCAUCGGGACAUCAAACCAUCCAAUAUCCUGCUUACUGGGGAAGGUGUCGUUCGUCUUUGUGAUUUUGGUGUCUCCGGAGAGCUUGUCCGCUCUAUGGCCGGAACCUUUACUGGCACCAGUUUCUACAUGGCUCCGGAACGCAUCAGCGGGCAAGAAUAUAGCAUUCGAGCUGACGUGUGGUCCACCGGAAUCACCAUCUUGGAACUUGUACAGAAUCGAUACCCAUUCCCCGAGGACCUUACUUCCAUCGAACUGAUUGUCUAUAUCACCCAGGGACAGCCACCUCAGCUGGCCGAUGAAGAAGGUGAUAACAUUGUAUGGAGUGAGGAGAUGAAAGAUUUCAUUCGACAGACGUUGGUUAUUGACCAUCUAAAUCGCCCUACACCAGGAGGAAUGUUAUCCCAUCCCUGGAUCACCACCGUCAUGAAGCGAGAAGUGCCUAUGGCUCGCUGGAUCAGUCAAGUUUGGGACUGGCCCAAACCCACCAGAGAAACGAAUUCAAGACCGCCUUCAAGCCGCGGUGCUGUUGACAGAACACCAUAGAUUCAUCUGCUUAUUUUCAAUGUUUCACUCAAAAUGAUUCGUCGUCAUCGUGAUAUAUCUUGUUUCUUCAUUGCAUCCCCUUUGUUACUGUGCCUUUUUUUGUACACACUCGCACCGCUCUCUGUACAUCUUUCCCAUCAUACAGCUACUAUACCAUCGCACAGCACAGAAAGGAACGGACUCCGAUUACAUGCUUGAUUGAUGUUGUAUAUCUGUGCUAUUAACUCGUUGCACAUUGUAGCUUGCUUUCGCAGUUUAACGUGCCACAUUGCUAGACCGUAGUAGAACACCUAAGUGGUCACAUGUUAUGGAAUCUUAAGGUAAGGGACAAUGGUGAAGGGUCAACCCAGGGGUGCUGGGAAUAAGUCUGGAGUGUAGUUUACUGUGCGAGCCGUUUGGGAUGGUGGUGGCAAGUGGCCUCCGUCGACAGA